AUGACUCUCCGUGGUAAGGGUCCAGCGUUGGUUGGAGUACUUUGGUUUGAAACAAUCUUGUGUAUGAUUGUGCUUGGCCUGCGAAUUUAUACACGGACUGUGAUCCGCCGUAGUACUGGUUGGGAUGACUUUCUGCUUAUUGUCACUUGGGUGUUGAUGGUGGCAUUUGCAGCCCUCUGUACAGCAUCCGCACAUCACGGUAUGGGUGUGCAUGCAGGUGAACUUGGCAUCGAGGAUACUACCCAGGGAAUGUUACUGCUCUUGGUUGGGCAAAGUGUUAUAGCGAUUUCAAUGGGGUUGAGUAAGUGCGCUGUCGCUGUUUUCUUAAUGCGGAUCGUUGUCAAAAAAUGGCACAAGCUCUUCCUCUGGUUUUGGAAUAUUAGCAUCAUGGCUCUUAGCAUCCUCCUGGCUAUUACUGUUUUUGCACAAUGUACACCAGUUCAAUCGAUCUGGGACUCGCGUGUUCCGAGUAAUGGCUGUUCUUUAAAUCUCACGAUCAUGGCCACAGUUAUGUGCGCAUGGUCCGCCGUCCUUGACUUUGUUCUCGCUCUCUUUCCAUGGGUGGCCCUGUGGAAUUUGAACAUGAAGAGAAAGGAGAAAUACACCAUUUGCCUCUCAUUGAGUCUAGGUAUAUUCGCCGGAAUUUGUGGUGUAAUCCGAACGACCGGCCUCGACGCUUUAACUCAAUCAACCGACUAUCUCUAUGCAACAACCGAUUCGGUGAUGUGGACCAUGUCUGAACUUACCACCACCAUCGUUUGUGUCAGCAUUCCCGCCCUUCGCCCUCUCUAUCGCUCCAUCCGCGGUAACCUCUCAUCCAACGACGCCUCAAACUAUAACGACCUCCCUCCCUACGCAAAAGGCAGCGGUGGACGCAGCGGUAGACGCAGCGCAAAACCAACCUUUGCCAUGGAUACAGUGAUAACGACUACCGUGCAUGGCAAAGAUAUUGACACCGAGUCCAGAUGUAGUGGGAGGAAUGAAGGGCACGGAGAGGAUACAGAUACGAGACAUAUUCUGCAGCAUCCACCUCCUCACUCAACUCGCAUCUAUCAAGUUAAUGAGGUGAAGGUAUCUUAUGAGGAUCGAAGGUCUGGUGAUGUGAUUCCCAGCGAUAACAUGUCUUCUAUCCCUGUUAAAGCCAGGCAGCAUAUUUGA